AUGGAACUACCCGAAGAAAUUAUCAGUGCACUACAACAAAUCAUUCCGUUGGACUUGCCAGGAUUGUGCAUUGCAAUUUUGCGAGUCCGAAACCGUAUGAUAAUGCCAGGAGUAAAUAAGAACAGACGACCUAAUAGGACGACAUUAAUAGAUUUUAAUGAAGAACUAAUCCUUCUUGAGCUAGACCUGUGA